AUGAGGUGUCGUACUGUGAUAAACUGGUGCAGGACACUUGUAAUUAUAGCUGGAGUGUUAGUAUUUGUACAGACAGACAGCAGUACACCGGUGAGCACGGAGAGGGCACAGGAUCUAGCCCCUAUAACUAAUAACGUUUGUUGCAGAAAUAAACCGCACACAGAGACAAGUAACCAGGUGCCGAAUACAGGAGAUGAGGCAUUUGUCAAAAGCAGCUCUUUAUUGGCAACAGAGAAGAUGGCAACACUAACUAGGCCAGCUUCCUCCUCGAAGUUUCGGCCAGCAGACCGCAGCAAAAACAGACGCAAGCCCCUGCACCAGUUUUCAGGACCUCAAACGAACUGGACAACUCAUUCAAUGAGUAAUCGAACACGAGCUAUGGAUAGGAGGCGUCGAACUGUGAGCAGUGUUGACUCGUUUGUGUUUCUAUCCAAUGAGAUUCUGGUGGAUAGGGAUUACGACAUGGGGGAGGAGGAGGAACAACAUCAACCAACUUAUGAAAAAGCUGAGAACGGGAGUGGUUACCUGUGCCACGGCGUCACAGAUAUUUUCAUGCAUGACCAGAAGAUGUAUUUCUCUACAGGAGCUCUUCCUCCUUACAGAGGGGAGGUAGACAAGGUGGAUAUCCUUAUACAAAACAGAUCUAGCUGUGAGCGUUCAGCGAAUAUUCGUGUUUCUACGGCAACAGUUUUGAACUUAACGGUGGAGACUUGUUGUAUAACGUGGUGUACACAUGAGCUGGAAAUUAUAGUCGAACAAAAGGAACAGGUGCUUCUAAACUUUUUGGAGUUUAACGUGCCUGGGUUGAAUGUGGUUAGGAGUGAGGCAAUCGGGGUCUGUGAUGACUCGCUGACAGUUGCUGUAGACUAUGUUAACAAGCAGACGCGAAAGACUCACGUGAUUGGUUCCUUUUGUGGGAUUAAGGAAGCUAAAACUGUGUUUGUUGAACACAGCAGGGCUAAAAUCAUACUGAAACUGAAGGACAAUGCUCAGUGUGUGGACAAGAUCAAUUUCCUGGUGCAGAUCAUUCCUUGCCUCAAGUUCCAGUACGACAAGUGUGACUCUACCAAAUAUGUCCACUCCGGUGGGGAUCGAGGAUUUGUAUCCUCCCCAGGUCUGGCCGACGGUCAGAAUUACCCUAACGACAUCCAGUGUGAGUGGAACAUUACAGUCUCGGAAGGAAAACUGAUUCGGCUGAAACCUGAAGACAUUCAGCUCCGGGAAGGAGACAUGAUCCAAGUGUUUCCGAAAUCCACAGAUUCUAGACAAUUCCCGACAGUUCUCAAACUUUCUAACAGCAACUUCCGGUAUCCAAUAGUGCUGCCUAGCAACGAGUGCGUGUUGGAGUUUCAUUCGGACAGUCUGAAGUCAGGGAUUGGAUUUAAUAUUUCCUACCAAGGUGUAGACGAGUUUCGCUUUAUUCCAAUGUACGACAACCAAUCUUUAGAUUGUUCCAAUAACAUUGAGAUUCCCAAUGACAUGAUGUGCAAUUACUACGUGGACUGCGCCAAUGGAGAAGACGAGGACCGAUGCUACUAUAAGGUACCUGGGUGCUGGCCGCGAGGAUAUGCAGUGAGAGGUCAGUGCUACCAAGUCGUGCAUAACCAGCCGUCCAUCUCGUGGACAAUGGCCGAGGAGUUCUGUGAGCGCAAUCUCUCCUCGCACCUGGUAACUAUCACUACUACUACACAGAAGAGAUUUGUGGAUAAGUUCAUCAAAUUUCUCGGACCAAGCCUGUCGGUGAUUUUCUUGGGGUUACAACGCAUGCGCAUGCAGCAGGUACCACAAAUGUACCGCCGGAUGUGGCAGUGGACAGACGGGACUGCGGCCUUCUACCUGCCAGACGAGUACAGAUACGAGGGCUGGUCAACGUGCUCCGUCUAUCAUGGGAACUAUUUUCACUCCACAGACUGUGGAGCACUCAAGGAGAACGUCUCCUUCAUUUGCGAGAGGCAGUUAAAAGAUUUAGAAAUGAUUGAAAGCAAAGAUUCUGAAACGAUUAAUGUGUCAACGUGGAAUCCGGGACGCACCACUCCUAUUAACGGUAUGAUUGAGAAGAAAAUUAGUGUCUUCCAAUGUCAUUCCGGCGAAUAUAUUUCCAUAGAACAACGCUGCGACAAGGUGGGUAAUUGCUUUGACCGAAGCGACGAGUUGGACUGUGACUAUGAAUACCUGGCAGACACGAUGUUUUCAUGUGACACACAAGGCUUGCUGGCCUACACUUUUGUGUGUGACGGUAUUGAUGGUUGUCUGGACUCUAGCGAUGAGAAGUCCUGUGCUGGACUAGACAAGACCGUCCUUGGGCCACAGCUGACCACUUGCACGGACGGGAUGAUUGUAGAGAGAUCGAAAUUGUGUGACGCCAGAGAGGACUGUCGAGAUGCUUCUGACGAAGAGGAUUGCAAUGAAUGUGUCGCCGGUAGCGCUCUGUGUCCCAUGAUUGCAUGUCUGCCUAGGAACUGGCAAAACGAUACUGAAGUGGAUUGUCCUAUCCGGGAUUUAAAGGGCAGAAGGGCUCCAGAGAGUGUGUUCAAAGAAAACCUGUUCAAGAACAGAGUUCCUCCAGGAAUUGUCGUCCCUGAUGGUUACGGAAAGUUUGAAAUAAAAUCAAUGACGGGAGAGUUGUGCCCCCCUACGCAUGCUCAGUGCUCAGAAGGAUACUGUAUUCCGGUGUACAUGUGGUGCAACAACAUGGUCGACUGUCCCAAUGGAGAAGAUGAGCGUCCGGAACUGUGCGAGAAGGUUUGUGUUGGAAUGUACAGGUGUAAGUACACACAUGUAUGUGUACACAGUAACCACCUGUGUGACGGCUACUACCAGUGUCCCAAUCACGAUGACGAGUUGCUGUGCAGCCUCCAGAACAUUAGCUGUCCACAAAACUGCAAGUGCAGCAGGAUGGAAGUCACCUGUUCAUCCUACCCUGUGUUUGAAUCUGCCACACCUGUCCGAUACCUUCGACUACAAAACACAGACAUACCUGACCUACGUUUUAAAGGAAUAGCACUAUACAGUCUCAUAUACCUGAAUGUUUCCUCGUCCAACGUGAGAAAUAUUAGACGAGAAUACUUAAACUAUAUCAAUUUAAAGAUUAUUGACAUCAGACACAACCAUGUGGAGUAUUUACCAGAGAAUGCCUUCAUGGACUGCCACAGUUUAAAAGUUUUAGUUCUUUCCCACAACAGGUUAAACAACGUCAGGUUUAGCUUUCUGCAGCAUACCCGGGAGCUGACAAAACUGGACCUUUCCUACAACAUCAAAAACACUCUGGAAGACGGCUGCUUCUACGCCGCUGAUAAGCUGGAAGAGCUAAUUCUUCAGUUCAUGCAGAUCAGUACUAUCGCGCCCAAAGCGUUCAGUGGCUUCAUCAGACUGAAACGGCUGGAUCUAAAAGGAAAUGAACUCGUGACCUUUUCGAUGGAUAUUUUCAGCUCUCAAAAGAACCUGCGCAGUAUAGUCACCGACAACUUCCGGUUAUGUUGUCCGACUAUCAAGCCAAGCAGUGUUCAGUUUUCGGAUUGCGACGCGCCAUACGACGAAAUCUCCUCCUGUGAAGACAUUCUGCGGACUCUGUUGCUCCGCGUCGCCCUGUGGCUGAUGGCAAUGCUGACCAUCACGGGAAACUUUGGCGUCAUUGUCUACAGAAUUUUCUACGACAGGGGUAUCAAAUACAGCUUCCGAAUUAUCAUCACUUGCUUGAGCGCCUCCGAUUUGAUCAUGGGAAUUUAUUUAGUGAUUAUCGGUUCCGCUGAUAUGAUGUACCGUGAUCGUUAUCUCCUGGCAGAACGGGAAUGGAAAACCAGCGUUCCCUGUCAGGUUGCAGGGUUUCUAUGCCUGCUGUCCAGUGAGACGUCUGCCUUGUUUAUUUUAUUAGUGACCGUUGACCGGUUGCUAGCAAUUGCAUUUCCUUUACAUCCAGCGCUUCACUUCAACGCCAAAUCUGCAACAGUGGGAUGUAUCCUGGUCUGGGCAAUUGGACUUUUCAUGGCUACAAUUCCACUACUUCCACCAUUCCAACACUGGGAACUCUACUCCCAGAAAGCCGUAGGCGUCCCACUUCCCAUAACUCGCCUCCACUUUCCUGGAUACGACUAUGCUUUUGCUAUUUUUAUACUUUUCAAUAUGGCCGUGUUUUUAUUAGUUGCCAUGGGCCAAGUAUUAAUAUACUUAUCUGUACAUCUACAAAAACACCCUCAAAUUUCCGAGGCGAGGGUUAAACAGGAUACUGCCAUAGCCAAACGACUGGUCCUAGUGGUGAUCACAGAUUGCCUCUGCUGGUUCCCUAUCACUGUUAUGGGUUUAGCAGCCAGAUCUGGCCAGCCUGUGCCUGGAGAGAUGUAUCUCGUGACGACCGUCUUUCUACUGCCAGCCAACUCGGCCUUUAACCCGUUCUUGUACACGGCAAACGCCAUCCUCCUGGCUCGUAGAAACAGACGGAAGAAGAAGGCGGAGGACCUGUACGAGCUGAGGCAGCUGUCCCAGUGA